CUAACACGAGCAGUACUAUUUCAUACUCACUCACUGCCUCGCUAAAGCCAGCAAGCAGUACUUGACUCUUCAGCCUCUUUUUAAUGCACAUCGAAAGACACCUUUAAAACUUCAGUAUUUUAACUUAAUUUUUUUUAAUUAUUUAAAUACUUACUUUUCUUUUAUUAAUAUCGUUUGUUAGGUUAAGAGUUGAGCUAAACAUGUUUUGGGUUGUCUUAUGUACUUUGCUGGCUUUCGGGGCUUGUCAUGUGAACCAACCAUCCAAGGCGGGGGGAGGAUCGUGUCUGAAAGCUGGAAUGUGCUGUCCUGGACGAGAUAGCACGUGCGUUGUACAGAAAGCUCCCAUCAAUGCCAUCAUAGAGGACCUGAGUGACAAGCCCUGUUACUGCGAUCACGCGUGCUUGAAAGUAGGAGAUUGCUGCCAUGAUUUUAAGGAGGCCUGCGAAGUGAUUGACUGUGAAGUAUCUGGCUGGGGCGCAUGGUCCACUUGCAGUGCCGAUUGUGGAUCCGGAACCAUGAUUAGGGAACGUAACAUAAUACGAUCACCUAGGAACGGUGGAAGCCCUUGCCCUGACUUGAUUCAGAACAGAGGCUGCUUUGGUAGUAGAUGUGAAGCUAAAUCUAUCGCUAAAGCUCGGCGAGAAAUGGCAUUGCUUUUACCUGGCAAGUUUUCUCAUGUACGUACUGUUAAUGCAAGCUCAGACAUCAGAAAAAAUUUGAGACUCAAGUAUCCCAGAAAUCCAGCUAAAGAAGGAAACAAACAAUACUGUGUAACCUUCGAAGUAACAAAAGUCAGGAAAGCUUGUGAAAGCAUAACUGCUGAUGGUGUAUCAACAUUACUUGUAAAAGGAGCACAUCUAAGAAUAAGCUGUGAAGAUGCAGCUAUGAGAGGACAUUUGGGUUUCAGAUGCAAUGGUCAUGGGGUAGAUGGCAAACCUACUAGGUGGACAUUUGUAGCCAACCCUCGAUGUCACGGUCGCUGGAACAGGUUGGAAGUCACAGAUCAUUGUGAAGGUGGGAAACCUGAUUUCAUCUUUGUGUAAAAAACAUCGAUUAGUACAUAAAUCAUUUUAAGUGAAGCUGUUAUAUACAACAUGUGCCAUCACAAUUUUUCACUAUUUCAUAUUCAAACAUGAGAUGUCCAAUGAUGCAAUUUUAAGACUGUCAUUUUCAUGGACAUCUUUUAAGCAUAUUUCUAACUAAAAUUCAUACUUUAUAAUAUGCUUUAUAUAUUUAAUUAAAAUUUUAAUUUUUAUA